AUGAAUAGUGAGAGUAAGUCGGACAGAAGUGAAACAACGAAAAAGUACGAAUUUGAAGAUAUUGGUAAUUUACAGAAGGACAUUUGUGAGUUGAAUCAUAACAUAAAUGAUGAAAACAAAUUUAGUGAAAUACAGAAAGAGGCAAAUGUUGAUAUAUUUGAUAUGCAUUACACUGAAAUAAGCAACACUUUUGUAAAGGUGUAUGAAAAAGGGGAUGAUAAUAAUGACAAUGUUAGAAGAAAGAGUAUAAUUAUUAACAGUAAUAGUAAUAGUAAUAACAAUAGUAAUGAUAGUAAUAACGAUAAUAAUGAUAGUAAUAACGAUAAUAAUGAUAGUAAUAACGAUAAUAAUAUUAACAACAAUAACACGAAUAACACGAAUAACACGAAUAACACGAAUAACACGAAUAACAGUAAUAACAGGAAUAACAAUAGUAAUGAUAGUAGGAGCAUUGUUGAAAAUUUGAUUCAAAGUAAUGAUGAUGAUAAUAUCCGUAUUAAUAUAGAAGGGUGCAGUGAAUUAAGUAAAAACGGAGGUGAUGAAAAGAACGAUUUCAGUUUAAAUAACAUUUCAGAAAAUUCUUAUGAACAUGUUAAGGUGAAUUUAUCAAAUCAUAAUUUCACGGAAGUGGAUAGUUUCCCGCGGAAUGAAAUGAAUGAAGACAAUUCCGAUGAAUGUAAAAUGAAAAUGAAAAUUCAAAAUUUGCUAAAAUUGGUAGGACUUUUAAAAGCACAAAUAAAUCAAAAGGAUCAAGAAAUUUACAAAAUGGAAGUAGAUUUCAAAAUGAGAAAGGAAAAAAAUGAAAAGAAUAUUUAUAUGCUGGAUGAACUAAUUGCAGAGAGUGAAACAAACACAGAAAGAGUAGAAGCGGAUAAUUUCCUUAUGAAAAAAAUGAAAAGCAUCUUAAUAUCGCAGAAUGAAGAAAUAGUUUCAUUGAAUGAAGAAUUAAAAAAAAAAUCAAAAGAAAUUUAUUAUCUUAAUGAAGCAAAUAUAACAAAAAAUGAAAAAUUGGUUGAAUUAAAAAAAGAGAUCGAAACAAACUAUAUGCAGUUGAAAGAAUAUAAGAGCAUUCAAAACGAGCUAGAGGUUGAUGUAAAUAAUAAAAUGUACAAUGCAGAAAGCUAUCUAAAUAUAACAAAUCAAAAAUUAAUGGAAAACAAUAUUAAUAUAAGGGAAAAAAAGCUAAAUAUAGAAAAACAAAAAAGAGUAAUAAAAGAGUUAUAUAAUCAAUUAAAUAAGAAAGAGGAAAAUAUUUCAGAACUUAGAAGUAUUAUUGAAAGUAUUGAACUAAAUAAUAGUAGAGAUAUUAUAAAAUAUAAACAAAAUAAUAUGGACCUGAUAAACAGGUUAAGCUUAAAUAACUCUCUAAUGAAUAGUCAAAAAAUUGAAAUUGAAAAUAUGCAUAUGAAUUAUAAACAAUUAGAAGAAGAAUUAAAAAAUAAAGACAAUGAAUUAAAAAAAUUGCACCAAAAUCUUUUAGCGAAGGAUGACGAAAAUAACAAAAUGUUACAUGAUAUAAACAGACUUAAAUUUGAUAUGGAAAUAAAAAAUAUUGAUGUUUCUAAUAUAAAACAAAAAAUUAAAAAUAUUAAAAAAGAAUAUUCUAUACAUUUAAAAAAACAAAAAGAGAAAUUUACAGGUGUUAUUAAUGAAAUUUACAAAGAAAAAGAUGAAAUUAUAAAAAAUCAUGUUGACAAGUUGUCAAAAUUGACUUCUCAAUACAAUGAAAUGGUUUCCCUUAACGAAGAUAUAAAAAAUGAAAUGAAUUUUCUGAAGGAUGAAAUUCUGAAAAAGUCCUGUGAAAUCGAAAAGUUGCAAGAUCGUUUGUUAGAUUACGAAUCGAAAUUGUUAAUAUAUGAAAACAACAAUGAAAUUAAAAUAUUAAAAAAAAGUGAAGAUCAUCUGAGGAAGCUUCUAAGCAAACAUAUACACAGAAAUGAGCAACUGCUAAAUACAACCCUUCUGUUACAAAAAUCGACGUUAGAAAAUAACACACUAGAGAAAAAAAUAAUUGAGUUAAAAGCUAAAACGUACAGAAAGGAUCAAGAAAUAAAAAAACUACAGGAAACAAACACUAGAAAAAAGGAUCCAAAUAGUAAUUCGAAUAUCAGUGAAGAUAUUAUUCUGACCAGUGCAGAUAACAGUAAUAACAAAAGUAAUAAUAAUAAUAAUAAUAGUAAUAACAAUAGUAGUAAUAACAAUAAUAGUAAUAACAAUAAUAGUAGUAAUAGUAAUUAUAAUAGCGUUAAUAAUAUUAAUAUUGAUGUUAAUAGUGACACGCAUAUUAUUAACAAUUUGAGAAAUUUUAACAACUGUUGUACGGAUGAAGAUAAUUCCAUUUAUAUGUUAAAAAAAACAAGUGAGAAAAAUAAUAUGCUCGAUGUAUUUGUAGAAAAUGAAGAUAAAAUUCAAAAUAUGAAAGAUUCCUUCCCCAGUUCAUUUAAUGAUGACCCUGUUCAUGUAGCCUUAUGUGAAUAUCUUAAUUGUAUGAAGAAGAAUAAUACUUCCUUUAAAAUAAACAAAAUUAAUGAUAACACUUAUUUGUUGAAUAAUAAAAAAGUGUUCAUAAAAUUUAUCAAUGGCGAUCUGUAUGUAGAAGAUGGUGCAUAUCCAGUCAAGUUGCAUGAUUACUUGCUAGGUAUUACAGACUAA